CACAAACAACUUAACUAGAAGCACCAUCAUCAUAAGCAGAACAAGAUAUCCAGAUACAGUUUCCAUUUCCGUUCCCGAUUCCAUGUUUUCCGCAGAAUCAAAUUCCCCAAUUUAACCUUAAAACCCCAAACUCGCGCAACAAUGGCGAAGAAGAAAUUGAGUGUGUUUGGGUUCUGGUUUUGCGUAAUCCACAUCUUGAUCUGUGCUAGGGUUUGUUCUCCUGGUAGAUCCGAUAAAGAAACUCGUGAUAGGUUUUAUGGUAACAUGCUUAAUUCUUCUGCUCCUGAAUCUAAUGAUGGUACUUUGGCUAAGAUGUUCGAUCGUGUUCUUGAGAAGGAGUUUUCUGAAAAUGAUGCACCUGAAGAACCUGAUAAAAACAGCUUCAAUAGCAGUGUAGCUGAUCAGCAGGCAGUAUUGGAGACUGUAGCUAAAAUUACUCAUGAUAAAGCUAAGAGAAAUGAUACGCGUGAGGGGAAUGGCACAAGAUCAUUUCAGUUUCAAGACGUGUUCUCUCUGGAAAAUGAAGAUUCUGAUGAUGUGACUACUUUGAUUGACAAAAAGGAUAACGUCUUUGUGAUGUCAAACAAGAAAUCCAAAUAUCCUGUGCUUCAAGUGGAUGUGAGGCUAAUAUCAGAUUUGGUGGUCAUCAUAGUUUCUGCAGCCAUCGGUGGAAUUGUCUUUUCCUGUUUGGGGCAACCGGUUAUUGUGGGGUAUCUUCUUGCAGGCUCCCUUAUUGGACCAGGGGGUUUAAAAUUCAUAAGUGAAAUGGUGCAGGUUGAGACUGUUGCACAAUUUGGGGUAGUGUUUCUUCUCUUUGCUUUGGGGCUGGAGUUUUCCUUAGCAAAGUUAAAAGCGGUUGGGCCUGUUGCUGUUCUUGGAGGGCUGCUUCAAAUUGUAAUAUUCAUGUUCCUUUGCGGAAUUCUUGCGAUGUUAUGUGGAGGAAAAUUGUCUGAGGGUGUUUUUGUUGGUUCCUUUCUGUCAAUGUCAUCAACAGCAGUGGUGGUAAAGUUUUUGGCGGAGCGGAAUAGUAAUAAUGCUCUUCAUGUUCAAGUUACAAUUGGCACUCUUAUUUUUCAGGAUUGUGCAGUGGGUUUACUAUUUGCUUUACUCCCAGUCUUGGGUGGUAACAGUGGUCUUUUACAAGGGAUUAUUUCAAUGGGAAAACUGUUGCUAGUAUUGUCCUUGUAUCUCACUGCUACAUCUAUACUGUCUUGGUCGUUUGUUCCUCGCUUUCUCAAACUGAUGAUGCGGCUCUCAUCUCAGACUAAUGAACUUUAUCAGCUUGCUGCUGUUGCUUUCUGCUUGUUAUCUGCAUGGUGCAGUGAUAAGCUUGGUCUUAGUCUUGAGCUGGGUUCAUUUAUGGCUGGGGUUAUGAUUUCUACAACAGACUUUGCUCAACAUACUCUGGAUCAGGUGGAACCAAUUCGUAACCUAUUUGCAGCUUUGUUCCUCUCAAGUAUUGGAAUGCUUAUACAUGUGCAGUUCCUGUGGAACCAUGUGGAUAUCUUGCUUGCAUCUGUUAUUUUAGUUGUUGUUGUUAAGACUGCUGUUGCUUCUAUAGUUACAAAGGCCUUUGGGUAUAGUCUUAAGACAUCAUUUAUAGUUGGUAUCUCACUUGCUCAAAUUGGAGAAUUUGCUUUUGUUCUGCUGAGUCGUGCUUCAAAUCUUCAUCUUGUUGAGGGGAAAAUGUAUCUUCUCCUUCUAGGGACAACGGCUCUCAGUCUGGUCACAACGCCGCUUUUGUUUAAAUUGAUACCUGCUGUCAUGAAUCUGGGUGUUCUCAUGCACUGGUUCCCCUCUGAAAAUGGCACACAAAAUGCGGGUAAAGCUUUGAUGAUUGAGGCAAACAGAAUCUUAUGAGUCUCCAAAUUUUUAUUCAUAACAUCAAACAGUAUAGUGUAAGCAAUUAUCUACUUUUAAAGUGGCCAAUGAAAUCAGGGUUUCUUCUUUACUGUUUCUGUUGCUGCUAGUUUCAUGACAAGCUUCAGAAGAAACAGUUAGUAUAGUCACUUCCAUUGAAAGUCAAUGGAAGAUCUCAUGUAAUGUACAUAAUAAGCAUAUCAGUUUUGUAUUCUUUUAGCAAGCAAUGUAUAUAGGAUAUUACACGCCUGUCUUGUUGCUAACGCUGAUCUAAUUACAUCAUAAGACACUUGUUAGCUUGUAUCUGCUUCUAUGAAUUUUUUAUGGAUGAAAUGAUUGGCAAUUUUAUUCACUCUAAA